AUGAAAUCGGAACACAAGAUUACAAACCCAGACCAUUACGACAAGAUAGUUUGUGCUGAAAUCCCGGACCCGACAAAGUAUCCUGAAAUGCACGAGCUGGUGAUAAAGCAUAUGAUGCAUGGUCCUUGUGGCCAUUUACGACCGUCUAGCCCUUGUAUGGAAGGUGAGCCGAGAAAAUUUCGUUUUAGAAAUCCUCAACAAUUCAACGACAAGACGGUGCAGACAGAUAACUCAUAUCCGAUGUAUCGGAAGAGAGACAAUGGAAUAAAGGUUAUUCAUGUUGAUCCUGAUAGAGAAGAGGUCAUUGUCAACGAGAUAAAGAGAUUUCAAGAUGCACGAUAUGUUUCGCCACCUGAGGCAAUAUGGAGGAUUUUUAGCUUUUCACUUUCUCAAAUCCACCCUUGUGUGAUGGCUUUGCAGUCGGGAGAUGUUCGCAAGUUAUGGGAUGAACAUUAUGAUUCACUCUCUGAAUAUUAUAGACGAGACUAUGAAAAUGUUGAGGGAGUCCGAAAUAUGGUUCUUACAGACAUCGCAGUCUUUUUGCAAUCUAUGGGUAAAAACCUUGAUGAUUUUGAUCUGCCAAGUUUAAAUGCAGCUGUCAAUUUAGAAUCACGAGGAUUUUGUGAGGUACAAGAGGAGUACUCCAUAAUUGCGCAAGACGAAGACUUAAAUGCUCGAAACUCUCUAAAUUCCGACCAGAAACAUGCAUUUGAUGAGAUCAUGAGGCAUGUAGAUAAUGAUUGUCCAGCUGUGUUUUUUGUAGAUGGACUGGGUGGAACUGGAAAAACAUUUUUGUAUAGAGCUUUGCUAGCUAAUGUUCGUUCCCGUGGACUUAUUGCUCUCGCAACCGCUUCAUCCGGCGCUGCCGCUAAUAACAUGCCAGGGAGGAGAACAGCUCACUCUCAAUUCAAGAUUCCUCUUACUUUUAAUAAUAAUUCGAUGUGCAAUAUAAAAAAACAAAGCGAAAGUGCUCAACUACUUCGAGUCGCAAAAAUAAUCAUCUGGGAUGAAGCAUCAAUGGCAAAGAGGCAGGCAGUAGAGGCACUCGAUAGAACAAUGCAAGACAUCACUAGAGUGAGACUUCCUUUUGAUGUGGCAGUGCCACUACCUGAAAUAAAGGUGGAUGAAAAGUUAUGCCUUGAAAAAACCCCUGAACAAAUUACUGACUACAAGAUGAAGAAACUACGAAAAAAAGAGAUUGGAUUUGUAAAGUUUCAGUGGCGUUAUCAUAAGGGACCAGACGCCACUUGA